AUGGCCUCCUCAGCAGCGUCUGCAGAGCUGAAGCAGGGAGCCGCCGAGCUGGCCACGGAGAGGAAGGACGACUCCAACAGGCCACCCGUGGCGGCCCUACCAGCGGAAACAGCGGACACUCCGGAGCCCAUGGACACGGCCCAAUCCAACAAAAGAGGCCUACCGGACUCGGAUCUGGAUGCAGAGGAGCUUCUGGACCAGGAGGACUACGAGAAGUCGAGAGCCCUGAAAGCCAAUCGGCUACCGGGCGGUGGCAAAGCCCGCCUUCCCAGAGCCGACGGACACGGAGCUUGCAACGAGAAUGGGAAUACUACCUCCACAGACCGAACAGACGGAGGAGCCCCAGCAGGCUACCACGGCGAGACCAAGCCGCGCCAGUCCAAUCGCUCCUCUGGAAGUGGAUGGUGGCAACGAGGCGGCCGGAACGACCGCAACGAUCGCAGCGAUCGGAACAGCUCGGGCCAGCAGCAGACGGAGAUCACCAAGAUGCUGGUGCGGAUCUGCCUGAGGCAAGAGGAUCAACUCUCGAUCCUGAAACAGGAUACGGCCUUCGCCAUCCAAAUACGACUGGAUAUGGUCCUGAAGUCGGAGCAAGCCCAGGCGGAAGCGAUGAAGCAGGGCCUCAUGGAUGCCAACCAGGAGUUUCGCUACAUGCAGUGGAACUCGGAAACCGGCACCUACCAGCCGAAGCCAGACCGGGACCACUGGGCAGCCGAGGAUGUUGCCCAGGACCUGAGGAAGCUGACAGGCGAAAUCCAGGGCGAGGUACUCCCCUUUUUCUUGGAAAUAAGCAACAGGAGCCAAGAAGCUCAGCUGGCCUACCUGGUGGUAGAGAGGAUGUGCCACUCGGGUGUGCUCCACCUCAUUGGCGGGAGCCUGCGGCACGAGAAGCUGGGGAGAUCAGUUUUGGCACAGAGCCUAGAGAAGGCGCUGGAGCGGCU